AUGCCAACUAGAUAUACACGGACGACGCAGCAGCAGACAUGGGAUUCGGAAGCGAUGGAAAAAGCUAUUAGAGCUGUACGAAAUGGGGAAAUGGGCUUUCUUAAAGCUAGCACAGUCUUCGGUGAUCCCCGAUCAACGCUUAAAUGGCGUGUACAAAGAAAAAACAAACAUGCUGUUGAAAAUGUUAAAAUACUGGGGUCACGACGUCCAAUUUUUAGUCCGGUACAAGAGGCACAAUUAGUACAACACAUUUUGGAACUUGAGAAUCGUUUCUACGGAUUAACAUUGCGGGAUGUAAGGAAAUUAGCCUUUCAACUAGCUGAACGCAACAAUAUAAAACACAACUUCAAUAAAGACACUCAAAUGGCUGGAAAAGCAUGGGCUUCUGAUUUUAGAAAGCGUCAUCCAGAACUGACACUGAGAAGCCCAGAAGCAACUUCUCUUGCCCGAGCACAAGGUUUCAACAAAGUAAGUGUCACGAAAUAUUUUGACCUUCUAGAAGAAGUAAGGUCUAAAACAAACUAUCCACCUCAUCGCAUUUUCAAUGUGGAUGAGUCUGGUUUCACCACUGUGCAGAGCAAGAGUUCUAAGGUACUUGCGAAAAAGGGAAAGAAGCAGGUGGGUGCCAUCACCUCUGCAGAACGAGGUGUAUUAAGCACCGUUGUAAUUUGCAUGGCCGCUGGCGGUAACUUCAUUCCACCUUUUAUUAUCUUUCCCCGGAAGAGAAUGAAGGUUGAACUUCAAGAUGGGGCACCGCCAGGAACUGGUUUUGCGUGUCAUUCGUCAGGGUGGAUGCAGUUGGACAUUUUUACGGCAUGGUUUAAGCAUUUUCUUAAAUUUGCCAAGCCGACUGAAGAUGAUCCAGCACUGCUAAUUUUGGAUGGACACAAUUCACAUACCAAGAAUUUGGAUUUCAUUGAUAUGGCACGAAGAAAUCACACGACCGUCUUGUGUCUGCCUCCACACUGCAGUCAUAGACUGCAACCUUUGGACGUGUCUUUCAUGGGUCCUUUGAAUAAGUAUUACAUCCGUGCAGUUGAGAAGUAUCUUCGCAAUAACCCAGGAAGAGCCUUGACUGUGUUCCAAUUCAGCAAACUUUUUGGCGAAGCAUACAGCGAGGCAGCACAACAAUCCAUUGCAAUCAAUGGAUUUCGUAAAUGUGGGGUAGAACCAAUGGAUCGCCACGUAUUCAAAGAUUAUGAUUUUGUGCCAGCAGACACAACAGAUAACAUUCUUCUUGAGCAGAAACUACAACAAAAUGAAGCUAAUAAUGAGAAUGAGACACCUGAAAGAGUAGAGUCUCCAUCUAUUCUACAAGUUACGCCACCAACAUUGGAUCAGGAAGAAAAUAUUAAUGUAACGCUACCAGUUACUUCGCCAAUAUUGAACCCUUACAUAGACCUACAACCCAGCACAUCCUUCGCGGUAGCGCCUGAAGACUUAUUUCCGAUUCCCAAAGCAUUGGCUAAAAUUAGAAAAAUAAAUAGAAAGAGGGGACGUACAGCAAUUUUAACGAGUAGUCCUUAUAAAAAUGAGUUACCGGAAGAAAAAACACAGCAACAACAAAAAAAAAGAACUGAAGAGAGUGACUAA